AUGGCUGCAAGCGAUGUGACGGUCGUCAGAGCAGACCUGCUCCAACGGCUCAAACAGGGCGAAAGCUGUCGACUGGUACUUGGUCCAUGCCCACCAGAGUUGCUGGCAGACAAGGAUCUGAUGCUGAAAGCUUUGGAAUUCAAUGCGUAUGCCGUCGAGUAUUUGGCAGCGCCCUUGCUUGAAGAGCGGGAAAUUUGGAUGACAGCCACAAAGCAGAAUUUCCAUGCACUGCGGUCCUGUUCUGCGGAUUUGCUUGGUGACAAGGAGACAGCGCUGUCACUGAUUGAAGCAGAUGCCUUCGCUUUGCGAUAUUUGUCACCAGAGCUUCGCAGUGACCGAGAGGUGGUCCUGCAGGCCUUGAAAGGUACCGGCUUGGCCCUGGAAUUUGCCUCUGCUGAGCUUCGUGCAGAAAGAAAAGUAGUGGAGAAGGCUGUCCAAAAAGAUGGCUUGGCACUGGAGUUUGCUUCCCUGGAGCUGCAGAAGGAUGAAGGCAUUGCACUCGAGGCCGUCAAAAGCAACACAGCUGUGAUUCGGAUACUACCCGAAUCGCUUUCUCGAAGCAUGAGUUUUCUGUUGCAGGCUGCAGUGGCUGGAGGAAGCAGCAUUCUACGCUUCGUCGCUCCUGAGUUUGCUUCAGACAAGGUUUUUGUCAUGCACGUCAUCAAGUCAGACUGUACUGCCCUGAAACACUGCCCAAAGGAGUUGAAGGAAGAUCCCAGCCUGCAGCUGGCAGCUGUGGAAGCAGGUGGUCCCCAGGGAAGCGCUGCACUGGAACUGGCACCCCAAGCUUUGCGCACUGAUCGUGCCUUUUUGCUGCGCUGUGCCAAGAUCACACCCCAGGCCCUGCGACUGGCACCGGAGGAGCUGCAAAAAGAUCGCAGCUUUGUCAUGGAGGCAGUGCGUGCCAGAGGCGCCGCCCUUCAAUUUGCACUGUUCGAGUUUCGCAUGGACCAUGAUGUGGUUUUCGAAGCGGUGAAGCAGGACUUGGGUGCUCUAGCGUUUGCAGAUACAAGUUUGAGACAUAAUGCAAAGUUCAAGGAAGAGAUUGCCUAUUUGCAGAAGGGCAUCCAGGUUUCGAUCGAGGAUCUGCACAGAGAACAACAACAUCCAACAACUUACGGCCUCGCGGCGAAGCCGUUCCUCGCCAUGGUAUCCACGGUGGCGAAUCGUCCCCGGGCAUCAGUUGUUCAGAGAGGACAGGCGGCCGUGCGCAAUGCGGCUCCAUCGACAUGCGAUGAACCGAAACCAUCACCAGUGGCACAAGGAUCGAGCGAGGAGCACGGCCGCUUGGCGGGCCGCUAUCCCACCUCACUCGUCUUGGCCAUGGUCAUGAUGGAUUUGCUGCCAGGCAUUGUCGAGUUCAGAACAAGCACGGGCGCUUCAGACUUUCUUGACUUCCGUCCGCGCGUUGGAUGGCUGCUCAUCAGUAGGCUCAUGACAAGUGGCAUUGCCUUCAACGUUGCGUGUCUGCUGCUGUCCCUGCUGCUGUCCCUGCUGGGCUCUCCUGCCAGGCUGGUAUGUCCGCUGCUUCAGCGCUUUCCAAAGUAUUUCCUCUUCGUGGGAUUUUUGCUUCGGGUCUUGGAAGAGUGCGUGAGUCCAAGGUUUCUUCUCCGCACGAUCUACCUGAUCUACCUGAAACAGGCUUACGUGCGUGUGCUUGUGUUCAGCACCUCAAUUUAUGCCCUACAGUGGAUCGCAGACUGCUUUUGGAAGGUCUUGCAGUUCUUCUCACUCAGGGCCGGCACGGAGAGACCCAUGGCCAAACAACAGGCUUCACCUAGCAAUCUGAAGGAGAAGAUCCGAAAUCUAGAAGAUCAAGUUGAGUGCUUGAAAGCUGCUGUGCAGCUGGCAGAGAAGGGAUCGAGCGUGUGCAAGAUUUGUUAUGAACGAGAGGAAGUGCUGGAAAAAGGCUAUGCUUUGCCAGGUCAAGCGGAUAUCGUCUUCAAGCUUUGUCCUGGCUCUGAAGUUUUGGAGGCACGAAAUAAUUUUCCAGUUACCUUGAAGCUAUCCUUGUCACAAGACGGGAUGUAUUUUGCAGCUUUGGGCCACUUGCCUCCUGGCCGGUCCUCCUGGAACUUUCGUGCAAACUAUGUCCGCAUCCAAUGGACCAAAACCAAAGAGCUCCUGGCAGAAGCGCCAAAGGGCGUGCUGGGCCUCUUCGGGCAGCCAUGCUUUGAUACCAGCAACCUGACUUUUCCAAACACCGAAUGGCAAGUGCCGCAGGUAGUGGUGCGACCCCAAAAUUGCUUCUCUGCAAUGCUCUCGAAGCAUUGUUGUCACCCUUUGAGACCACAAUGCUGGGGCUACAACACUUUGCUUGCAAUGGCUUGCUGUGCUGUUUCUUUCGAACUAUCCACAUCGAAAUCAUCGACUUGUUUAGUGUCCAAUCCAAAGUUUCCAAAUUCCAACCAGGAUUGUCGAGGACGUCCGGUCAAUUUUUUCCGUACAUUCGGGGAUGGAAACGAGCUUAGGCUGGUCGUUGGAGGUCGGAUUUGGCAAAGUCCCCCACAUGAGAUCAAUGCCUCGUUGUCAGUUGGCUGUCUUUUCCAGAGUGUCGUUUACCUCUUUCACGAACUUCAUCACCUGAGCCGUGACGCCAAAUUCUUGCAAGCUAUGUCAGCACACCAACUCCACCUAUACGUUCGACUAUUUCAGGAACUGGUCCUGGCUUGCGACCUUGAGGAUGAGGACUUUUUCCAGCUGAGCGGCUUGCUGCCCAACCAGAUGCUGUACCUCGUGUGGCUGACGACGGGGAGGCGCUAUGAUUGGCUUUUGGAUCGAGUACCACGUCCCUCGCGGCCAUUAAUCAUUGACAUUGGCACAGCUGGAGGUCUAGACACUGCACUGUACUUGGCUUUGGGUGCCCAUGUGGUGUCUGUGGAGGCCAAUCCAUUGGCAGCCAACUGCAGCAAGAGCCGUUUGACGAGACAGAUGCGAACUGGAAAGCUGAGACUGCUGAAUGCCAAGAUCAGCACAGGUACCCUCCGUGGGGGGCAUCAAACUGCAUAG